UUCCUUUUCUGUGAAAUGAGGAGCUUGGAGUAGAAGGGAAACAUGAACCAGAAGAUAUUGAAAUUGGAGAACUUGCUACGAUUUCACACUGUCUUUAGGCAGCUGCACAGCCUAGGUCAAAGAAGAAUGUUAGCACAAUGGAAUCAUGUGUUUUCAUCUGCUUACCCGGUGUGGACAGCUCAGCUCUGCAUCCGGCCCUGGCAAACAGACCCGCUCAUUGGGGCGGCUUUAUCUCAAUAUCGGCUUCUAGUAACAAAGAAGGAAGAAAGAUCACAGAAAUCUCAGUUAUUUUCAACAAAAUCCAAAAAGGAGGUGGAGGUAUGGAUUGGAAUGACUAUUGAGGAACUGGCCAGAGCAAUGAAAAAAGACGUAGAUCAUGUAUAUGAAGCUUUAAUGAACACUGCUAUUGACAUAGAUUCACUAGAAGCACACUCACAUUUAGAUGAAGUCUGGAUCAAAGAAGUGGUAAAGAAGGCGGGGAUGAAGUUAAAAUGGAGCAAAUUAAAACAGGACAAAGUCAGAGAAAAUAAAGAUGCUGUAAGAAGGCCUCAGGCAGAUCCAGCUUUAUUAACCCCAAGGUCCCCAGUUGUUACUAUAAUGGGCCAUGUUGAUCAUGGGAAAACGACGUUACUUGACCAACUGCGAAAAACUCAAGUGGCAGCAAUGGAAGCUGGAGGCAUCACUCAGCACAUUGGUGCCUUUCUUGUCUCUCUGCCUUCUGGGGAAAAGAUAACCUUUCUUGAUACUCCAGGACAUGCUGCUUUCUCAGCAAUGAGAGCCAGAGGUGCUCAGGUCACUGACAUUGUUGUAUUGGUUGUAGCUGCAGAUGACGGAGUGAUGAAACAAACUGUAGAAUCUAUUCAGCAUGCCAAAGAUGCUCAAGUUCCUGUCGUCCUUGCCAUAAACAAAUGUGACAAAGCUGAGGCUGAUCCUGAAAAAGUGAAAAAAGAACUGCUAGCUUAUGAUGUGGUCUGUGAGGAUUAUGGAGGUGAUGUCCAAGCAGUGCACAUCUCUGCGCUCACGGGUGAUAAUCUGAUGGCUUUGGCAGAGGCAACGAUUGCUUUGGCAGAAAUGUUAGAAUUGAAAGCAGACCCCACUGGUCCAGUAGAAGGAACAGUAAUAGAAUCUUUCACAGACAAAGGAAGAGGUCCUGUUACUACAGCUAUAAUUCAAAGAGGAACUUUGAGGAAAGGCUCAAUUCUGGUUGCUGGAAAGAGUUGGGCAAAAGUACGCUUAAUGUUUGAUGAGAAUGGAAAAACAAUCCAUGAGGCCUGUCCCAGCAUGCCAGUGGGAAUUGUAGGCUGGAGAGACCUCCCUUCUGCAGGAGAUGAAAUUCUUGAAGUAGAAUCCGAGCCAAGGGCACGCGCAGUUGUUGACUGGAGGAAGUAUGAGCGAGAACAGGAGAAAAAUAAAGAGGAUCUGAAAAUAAUAGAAGAAAAGCGAAAGGAACACCAAGAAGCACAUCAGAAAGCCCGUGAGAAGUAUGGCAAUAUGCACUGGAAGCAGAGAUCAUUUCUAAAGUACCAAGAAAAAAAAGAACAAAAACAUUUAAAGUCGAAAGAGAAAGAAGAAGGGGAUUCACACAUACUUCCUAUAAUUAUUAAAGGUGAUGUUGAUGGUUCCGUCGAGGCUAUUGUGAACAUUAUGGAUACCUAUGACGCUUCACAUGAGUGUAAACUUGAAUUAGUACAUUUUGGUGUGGGUGAUGUCAGUGAAAAUGAUAUUAACCUUGCUGAAACAUUUCGUGGUGUUAUAUAUGGCUUCAAUGUGAAUGCAGGCAAUGUUAUCCAGAAGUCUGCUGCAAAAAAAGGAGUAAAAAUUAAACUUCACAAAAUCAUUUACCAUCUGAUUGAGGAUUUGCAGGAGGAAUUGAGCAGCAGAUUGCCCUGCACUGUGGAAGAGUACCCAAUAGGUGAGGCUUCUAUACUAGCUACCUUCUCUAUAACAGAAGGGAAAAAAAAAGUUCCUGUGGCUGGCUGCAGAGUCCAAAAGGGACAGUUAGAAAAACAAAAAAAAUUUAAAUUAAUCCGUAACGGAGAUGUUAUUUGGAAGGGUUCAUUAACCUCAUUGAAACACCAUAAAGAUGACGUUUCAGUCAUCAAAACUGGAAUGGAUUGUGGUCUCAGUUUAAGUGAAGAAAAGAUAGAAUUUAAAGUGGGAGAUGAAAUUGUUUGUUAUGAAGAAAAAGAAGUUCCAGCCAAGACUUCUUGGGAUCCAGGAUUUUAAAAUUAUAUUAAAAAUGUAAACAAUUAAUGGGGUGCCUGAUAGAGCAUGGAACUCUUGAUCUCAAGAGUUCAAACCGCACGCUGGGCAGAGAUUUAAAAAAUAAAUUAAAAACUAUAAACAAAGUCUUGCUUUAUUAUAGAGCAACUAGUUUUGCUUUAUUGAAGGUAAGAAUUCAC